AUGCAACCUCCCGUCACGCCGCCGGUAGCCGCCGGAGCAGCGACCCCGGCUCCGCCACCAGCCAUCUACUCCCAGCCGUCACCAUCACCAUUAGCAAUCGCAUCGGCAAAGACAGGGAGGCGGCAGCUGCUGGUGUCGUCGGGUCUGCUCCUCGCGGCCAGCAGCAGUGGCAGUACCGCCGCCGGCGCGCGGGCUGCAGGAGAGGAGGCGGGAGCUUUGGCAGGGUACAGUGGGCCGCCGCCGGUGGUGACGGAGGCGGAGCGCGCGGCCAGCGUGGCCUUGUCGCGGCGCGUCGGGGAGGCCGUGGGGCUGCUGGAGCGCGGGCGGGAGCUGCAGGCGCGCGGGGAGUUCCCGCAGGCGCUGGCGUCGUUCACGCGCGUGGUGCGGGAGUACGCUGACCUGGCGCUGUCGGAGUACGCGCGGGUGGGGCGGGCGCUGGUGCUUUACGAGAUCGGCGACCGCGACGAGUCCAUCGCCGAGAUGGAGGACGUCUCCAUCGCGCUCAAGGGAUACCCAGAGAUCCACGCGGCCCUGGCGGCGGCGCUUUACGCGGACAAGCACGCGGCGCUGCUGGCGGAGAACCAGUUCGCCAUCGCGACGCUGCUGGACCCGCACUACACGGACCUCGCCUACGUCAGGGACACCAAGCACUGGCCGCCCAGCCUCGUUGCAUCACUCCACGACUUCAUCACACUCUCCUAG